AUGGAUGAUCCUGCUGAUUGGGGUAGACGUCGGGUUACCGGUACUACCACUCGUAUGUCUAUUUAUAGUCUUAGAAGUAAUACAUGGAGGCAACUGUUCAUCGAUAGUCCUUAUGAGUUUCAUUAUACGUCUCAUGUUGUUUAUCUUAAUGGACUUUUUCAUUGGUUUUAUAAAAAGAAAGAUACAGAUCAUUCAACGGUACGUGUUGCUUUUAGUUUAAAAGAUGAGUGUUUUUGUGAAGUCCCAUCAUCCAGUUAUUGUAACGAUACAAAAAUCAUGUCCUGUUGUAAUUGUAAACUUAUUGUCCUUGGUGGAAAGCUUGUCGUUUAUGUGAGUUCCGAGCACCGAUGGUGGCCUGGGAUUUUUGAGGUUUGGUUAAUGAAUGAAUAUGGCGUUAAAGAAUCAUGGAUUAAGAUUCCGCAUGAUAUCUUUGAUGAUGAAUUUCGCAUGGUGAACCCUAUGAUUUUUGAUGACAAUGGCAAAAUUCGGGUGGCCAACAAAGGCCAAAUGUUCAUAUAA